AUGGCUUCAAAACCAUUAUCACCUACUGUUUUAACUAUUAUAAUCCUUAUUAUUGUGAUGAUAGUUUUAUUUUUGUUCAUAGCUGGUUUUUUAAUUUAUCGAUAUCAUACAAAUCAACGUCGAUAUUUAAAAACGUUAACACGUUCACUCUAUGAUACACUACAAAGAUCAUCUUACGAUAAUCCUGUCAUAUCACCUUAUUUACAAAUAAAUCCAUCAAUUGGACAAGGACUCGAUAGAACAGCUGCUUCUGAUUCACACUAUAGUCAAUAUGCUGUUUCUCAUGUAUAUAAAUAA